UCUGAGACAUGUUCAAGCGCCUCGCUGCGAGGGCUGCGAGCUCCAGCAGCCGCGUUCCUGGAUGCAGUUGCCGGUCGAUUGUUCCGAGUCUUUCGCGCUCUCGUGCGCACCUCCGCGUUAUUUUCGUCAGCUGUGAGCCGAGCACUACGAGUGCGCGACCAUUCGCCCAAUCAGCACGCGCUGGCCUAGCUGCUCCCCGGUCCACAUCCAAACUGAGGGUGAGCGACGUCGUCAGUGUGGAAUAUCGUCACGCUAUUAAAGAAGUCUCAGACCCCGUGGUUUGAAAAGCAAGCCCAGCUCCCUUGACCCAAGACUUCGCCCGUCACCAGGUGUCACACCAGCAGCAAUCACAUUUCCAUUCUUCCUCUGUACCUGCAUUCGCAUUCACAAUGGUUUCCCAAGUCAAC